AUGGAAGAUCCGGAUGAUGAGUGGGAAUAUACAUCACCAGAAAGUGAAGUGGUUCUUCCUCCACUUUUGGUGAUAUCCACUCUUGGGUUUGCAUUUUCGGUUCCAUUUGGGGUUGUCUUUGCAACUUAUGCUUGCACCGAGGAUGUGUGUUUUGGAAAAGUUGUAACAGAAGAUGAAGAAAAAGAAAAGACAGAGGAUGCAAAGAAACAGUUAGAGAUGAGGGUUGAUUGUAGUAGAAGGAGUGAUUGA